CUUUCAGAAUCGAUGCGCGCGGGUCUGGUAUUGGGAACAAGCCACAUCGCCGAGCGAUGCAGAAUCCCUCUGACGUGGUCAAGCCAAGCGCCAAAAAACGCCAGUGAUGAUUAUGGAUCAACAGCACAAGAGCCGAAGUUGCAAUAUUUGUGUACAUAACGUUUUGACAUAAAAGGCUGGUUUAUUGCCGCUCCCGAGUACUUCCAAUCCACAGCAAACAUUCAAGCUGAAAUACAGAGUCAUUGUAGAGCUUUGCAAAGUUCAAUCAACUCUCAGGGCUUUUGAUCUCACAUCUUCCACCUUGCCGAUAUGAUUGCCUUCAAGAAAGUUGCCGUCAUUGUGACGAGUACCCGAACUCCACGCAUCGGGACCAAGGUCGCAGAACUGGUGAAAGACACGAUCACCGCAGAUACUACCAACAGCGACAUCGACUUGUCUCUCGUUGAAGUCGCCACAUUCAACUUGCCUGUAUUUGACGAGCAGAUUAUCCCCGCUCAGGUGCCAGCCGCGGGAAGUUUCGCCCACGAGCACAGCAAAGCGUGGAGUAGCGAAAUCGCCAAGUACGACGCCUACAUCAUCGUGGUUCCUGAGUACAACCGCGGCCUGUCUGGUGGCGCCAAGAACGCCAUCGACUACUUGUACAACGAGUGGAUUGGCAAGCCAAUCUCCAUUGUCAGCUACGGUAUCAUGGGCGGCAACUCGGCGUCAGAGCAGGCUCAGAAGACCCUGGAGGGCAUGAAGCUCCGGAUUGCGCCGACGCGACCGGCGCUUGCUUUUGCAGGUGGGGCCGGGCCGGAUCUGGUGGCUGCGAUGAGCCACGGCGAGAUCGGCGAAGAGUCGCGGAAGAAGUGGGAGGCGGAAUCGGAGACCAUCCUCAAGGCCUUUGGGGAGUUGAAGGAGCUCCUCAAUGCGCCAGCUCCGGCCAAGACUGACCUUUAAGAUAGACCUGGGCUAGAAAGCACCACUGGUACCCGUUGACGGUGGCGUGGAGAAAAACAAGCUUGAUUUUUAG